AUGGCAUCUAUAUUCUCCUUUGAUCCAGAUCCGCCGACGAUAUCCUCUCCAUGGCUCACUCCAGCGAACGGAUCGCCCAAACCGGAGACUCCGGUUUCUCGUGGAGAUUCACGAACACAAGAUAGAUCUUUGCUCCUCAGUUCGAAAGCAUCGGUGGGAGCGGCGAAUGGCACAUCAUUGCAGCCUGGGCAUCUCUCGGACUACAAUUUUACCAAACUCGACCCAGAACCGCAAACUGGACCCGCUGAGUACAAAUUGCAUCUUCUUUUACGUCCAAGGAGGAAAUAUACGUCUUUCAGCACAGGAACGCAUACAACUGCUCCACCGCAGUCCAAAGUAGGAACUGGUGAACCAGCAACGGCUCCAACAAAUCAGUCGAGACAACAUCGGCUUACGCAGCUAACGACUCAAUUACUAUGGAGGCUACAGCAAUCAUCCCCUUACCAUGCCUCAUCCUCAUCGACUAGCGAGCUUAUCGUGCCACAGCUGCCAGAGGCGAUGGCAACCCUCAACAUCCAGACACGGCCAGGUAAAUUAUUAGCUGGAUUGGAGUCGAGCCGCGGGGCACUUUAUGAGAUUGGUGUUUCAGAUAGCGGUGUGCUUGUAGGUUUGGCUAAGGAUGAAAUGGAUGAGAGUUUGACAAACCUCCGGGCUAUGGCUGCCAGCUUGGGAUGUGUUGUAGAAGUUACCAGAAUGGUUGUAGUCGGCGAAUGCGAAUGGUCGUCUGCAGAACCGCCUAUACAUGAGCCGCUCGAUCUCUCAAAGCCGUCAAGGGGCCACACAGAGGAUAAACUCCGGAAAGAAAAACUUUGGGUAGCUGAGGCAUUGGUAACACCAGAUCUCAGUUUGGUCAGCAAGGAUGCAGGUCGUGCGCUAUAUAUCGGCUCGCCAUCCAGUGCUGCAACGACUGGAGCUGGGCUACCAACAGACUCGAACAUGAACAUAUCUCGCGGAUCGUCUACGGAGCAAUUGAGAAUCACUUUGACUGGACCUACAAUUUCAGGAAAAUCUUCUCUCUUGGGGACUUUAUCAACAGGUACUCUUGACAAUGGUCGAGGUAAAAGCAGACUCAGCCUCCUGAAGCACCGCCACGAGCUAGCGUCUGGAAUAACAAGUUCUGUGGCCCAAGAACUCGUUGGAUACAAGACUUCUUCUUCUCCAGAUAUCGCAGCAGAAGUUAUCAAUUACGCAACUGGUAACGUAACCACAUGGACUGAUAUACACGCCCAAUCCGAGAAUGGCCGACUUGUUUUUGUCUCCGAUUCUGCCGGCCACCCUCGAUAUCGGCGAACCACCGUUCGCGGUCUGGUCGGUUGGGCUCCUCACUGGACCUUACUUUGCGUUGCUGGAGAUGGUGGAACAAACACCCCUCAGGGGGUCGGAGGAACAUCGUCUGCACAGGAUAUCAUGGGCAGCACUUUAGGAGCUGGAAUUGAUUUAUCAAAGGCACAUCUUGAUCUUUGCUUGCAACUAGAAAGGCCACUUGCAAUCGUCAUAACGAAGCUCGAUAUCGCCUCUCGGACUAGCUUAAGAGAAACAUUGGGUAAGAUCCUUUCGGCUAUAAAGGCCGUUGGGAGAAUCCCGAUGAUUCUUCCUCCAGAUCAAACGAAGGGCAUCAUGGAGUCCGACCUUCAAUCCAUACCAGAUAAAGAUGCAGAUACAGUGAAGAAAAUUGUUGGCACACUAAACCCAGACAACCUUACAAAGGUGGUGCCUAUAAUCAUGACGUCUGCCGCAAAAGGGACGGGAAUACGAAUGCUACACUCUCUUUUCUGCAGUUUGCCAGUUCCAAGCACCCCAACUUCGCAUGACUACAUAGGGGAGGUUCUGAACCCCGAGCAGCCCGCAUGUUUGUUCCAUAUUGAAGAUACGUUUGCUCUCCCAGCGGCAUUUGCCAUGCAAACAUCUGUCAAAGAUACACAUUUAGAAGAGGGAACAGUGGUGGCCGGGCAUCUCAGAUUUGGCUCUAUUUCAGUUGGAGACAAUAUCGUUGUUGGGCCAUUUCCUGCAGACUCUGGGAGUGAUGAUGGGACUUUGUGGCCGCUAUCGUCGUCAACUGGAGCAAGGCAACACGACUCAGAAUUCGACCUUGGACGAUCGGCAUCUCAUCCAUCAGCUUCUGAGCUCGCUCAAGCAGCACGACGUGAAGCAGCUUCGGCAUCCGCACCCCCUGGCGAAUGGCACAAUGCGCACAUAGUCAGCAUACGCAAUCUUCGACUACCAGUACAUAACCUGCAAGCUGGACAAGUUGGGACCAUUGGCAUCGUGUUCGAUAUACCAGAAGUGGAGAACCCGAGAGACCCCUUUGAGCGGCGACCAACCCAGGCACCCCGCCUUCGAAAAGGUAUGGUUCUGGCUAUCCCAAGCCACCAUAUGAAGGACACUGGGCUGUCUCUCCAGGCAGUAAGCAGGUUCACCGCUUCGUCCAAAGACGAAGAUAUCAAUUCAAUCACGAUUGGCAGCCUUGUUGUCGUCUAUAUAGCGUCCAUCAGGGCAUCAGCCCGCGUAGUUAGGCUCAUGCCGCAUGCCCCAGCUUCCGAAAGGGGACAGAAUAUAGAUGACGAUGAAUCAAACCUUUUCGGGGAUGAGGAUGACGAUCCUGGGCCUCCUAUAUUUGGCUCAGAUGGAGUCACCGACGUGACGCUUGAACUUAUGACAACCAGGGAGUGGAUCGAGUUGGGCUCCCAGGUUCUGAUAAUGCCUGGUGGCGGUCAUGGCUUAUACUAUGGCUCGGAGAGGGGUGAGAAGGGUAUUGCUGGACUAGAGGGGUUUGUUGGGAAGGUGGUAGAGGUUGUAGAUUGGUGA